GUUCAACACUGUCCUACCAACACCAGCACAACUCCAUUGGGACUCACCAUUUGCUGAGUGGUAGUAUAUAUCCAGCUCUCAGACCGCUACUCGUGACUUUCUACGACCGUCGAUUUACUUUGAAUAUCCACCACCGCGGACAAUCCAAACAAAUCACCAGAGCCUCAGAGCGAGCAAGAAGACAAUAUGUCACCACCACAGUCCCAAACCACCCCCUCUCCCUCCUCCUCGAGCAAAGACAGCAACGGCAUAACCUUCACAAUCAACCACAUGAACACCAGCCACCGCGACUCCCUAACCUACUACCUCCGCGUCUACAAUAACGUCUCGCCCUCCGAAGCCUCAACCGCCACCCUGGAAUCCAUCACCCUACAGGACCUCAUAAUCCGCACCGCCAACGCAAACCGUUAUAUAGUACCAUUCGACCCGCCCCUGCAAUCCUUCAGCGAGACGCGCGCCCGCCUAGUCGCCAUGCACAGAGACUGUCUGGCGCAGCUCGGCCUCUCCGACACCAAGAUCACCAACUACCAGUUCCCGUCCACGCCGCUCGAGAUCCUUAUCUUCCUGGUGUGUCUGUCCGGGCUUGUGGCAUUCACGCGCCGUGAACACUUCCUCCCGGGCGGGUGGGUGUACGAGGGGUUACGGUUGGGCAGUGGGUGGUGGUGGCCGCGUGGGUUCGCGGCGUUCUGUGCCAUGAUGCAGCCGUUCGUGCUGCGGUUUUUGGUGACGGUGCAUGCUGGUGAGGCGGCUUGGUUGGCGUAUUCGCGGCUCAGGAGGCAUGGGGUUGGAUUUGCGGGAUUCGUGUGGUGGGCUUGGCUGGUUUCGACUUUUGUCGAGGGCGCGCAGGGGUUUAAGCGGUUUGAUCGGUUGGUUGCUAGUAAGGAGGGGGAGGGGAAGAGGAAGUAAGUUAAUGCGGUGCUGUUGGUAUUGUGGACUUGGUUUGUGGAUGGGUGUUGGGUGGUUUGUACGAUAGGUCUAGUCUAGGAAUUGAGGUAUCGAGGUG